ACAUAAACCUGCAUUUAUCCGUUGUUCAUAUCACUGCGACUUGUUCAUUACUCAUCUCGCGGUAAAUAACGAGAUCAAAUUAGGAAAAUGGCCGACAAGGCGGGAGAGAAGAAAUCGAACAACCAUUCCCCUUUGGAAGAUAAAACACAGGAAGAGCAAGAAGACUUUAGGAAACAAGACACAGAGGCCAUGGAUACCAGUGAGGGGUGUGAGGAGGGGGCACCUGUCCCAGGGACUACUGACUGUAAUGGGGACAGUGGCCAGGAGAACAAGGAAGACAUUGACAUGACGCCAGCAUCAGAUAUGGGAGACCUUCCACCUGCAAUGUCAGAUUCACAGCCACAAGCUUCUCAGUGCUAUUGUGGCAAAGGUCGAAACAUAGGCAGUGUGGAGCUCCAGUGCAAUGUGUGUCAAGGCUGGUUCCACUCUCAAUGUAUCAGCUGUCAUAUCGGCAAAUGCAUUCCCUUCAUGACAAACUACCAGUUUAUUUGUAAAAAUUGUAACCAGACAGGCCUGGAGUCGUGUCAGAAGAAACAAGCCAGUUUUACACAGAUCUGCUACACUGCACUAGCCAACCUGGUGCACACCGCCGAGAGCAAAGGGGAGUCCAAACAAGUCUUCUCCAAGGACAGAGAGAUAAUUCCUUUCAUUGACAAGAACUGGGAAAGUCUUACAACAGUUUCUCGAAGAACCAAACUCACAUGGCACACUACUGUCUUCAAAACAAUGACCAAAGAAAUUGACCUGUUUGCGUGUGACGACUCCACAGGGGACUUCUGUUUCAGCUUAUUGACCCAGGAUCUGUCCAAGAUCGGCCCCAACAGUGAGGUGACCAGGACCAGUCAGCUGAUAGGACAGCUUCCAAAGGCUCUCCCAGUGGUGGACAGUAAAGGACGCACGGCCAAGAGGAAAGCACCCUUCGACAAUCAACUAAUCCCAGGAUCUAAGCAGAAAAGAAGUGAUCAGAGUUCAACAGCCAAACUCCCACCUCAUGGCUAUCCCUUGGAGCACCCAUUUAACAAAGAUGGCUACCGCUAUAUCCUGGCAGAGUGCGAUCCCCACGCACCCAACAGACAGGCGUUCGAUGAGAGCCUGGACUGGGCUGGAAAACCUAUACCUGGCUACCUGUACAGGACCUUCCUGUCUUCCCAUGUUCUCCUGGCGCUGCAUGAUAGAGCUCCCCAGUUGAAAGUGUCGGAUGACCGGCUGUCGGUGACGGGGGAGAAGGGAUACAGUAUGAUACGUUCAACUCAUGGAGUGCAGUGCGGUCGAUGGUACUUUGAGGCCAGGAUCACAGACAUGCCGCCCGAGUCAGCUGUACGGAUAGGCUGGUCGCAAUCCCUCGGUAAUCUCCAAGCUCCAUGCGGGUAUGACAAGUUCAGCUACUCAUGGCGGUCCCGGAAAGGCACACGCUUUCACCAGAGUCACGGCAAACAUUACAGCGAGGACUUUGGCAAGGGCGACGUCCUUGGCUUCUACAUCCACCUCCCCCCUCCAGGAGACUCGGGGAAGCUGCUACCUCCCACCUUCAAGGACAGGCCACUGGUCAAGUUCAAGAGCCACCUGUACUUCGAAGAGAAGGACUACGUGACAGAGGCAGAGAAGGUGCUCAAGGAGUCCACCAGCAGUGAGAUUAUCAUGUACAAGAAUGGAAGAUCUCAAGGCAUUGCAUACACGGACAUAUUUGAAGGAGUGUACUACCCUGCAGUCUCAAUAUUUAAAAAUGCAACGGUGAAAGUCAAUUUUGGUCCAAAGUUUAAGUACCCACCAAAAGACAUCAAAUUCCGACCUGUGUCCGAGGCUGCCCAGCAGGCCGUGGUGGACUACACCCUCUCGGACCUCAUCUACCAUAUAGAGAAUGAGGGCAAGUUGCCGGAGUUUUAACUAUUAGGAGACAAUAAGUUACAACCUAGGAGUGGUGGAUACAGAAAGAUUUGUCUGCCUUUGGGGACUGUGCAGUGUUCACAUCCGUGUGUGUCUUCCCAGUGCCUCACGGGGCAUGACCUGACCAGGGCAGAGGUGUACACUGAGGAGAGCUGUCAUCCGGACUUGAAGCAAGUGAAAACGCUUAAACACUGACAGGUUCUUGUUUGACUGGACAAUAGACACAUGCUCUGAUGCCUGUACAAAAGGAGGAGAAUUUAUCUCAAGAUUGCUGCAACAUCUGCUGAUGUGGAACUGACCAUCCGUUAAGAGAGCUGUUGUGUCAAAACCAUCUCAACUCAAGCGCAGUAUUAGCUUGUCACAUUAGUGCUGUAUUGUCAGGAAGGUGCUGCUUACUGAUCCUGUAUAGUUGUGUGCACUCGGUCUCAACCAGCUGCUGUACCUUGAUCCGACAUCUGGCUGGUCCACUAGACAAAUGCCAACCAGGUCCUGUGUUUUCAAAAUCAAAAUUGCUGGUCUUAAAUUUAUAAGUUUGUUUCCCUCUUUUCUUAACCUAUGACAAUGAAAGAACAGAAAUUGACAACAUAUUUUGAAACAUAAUGUUGUGCAACAAAAAACACUGUGUAGACAUUUUUCUGUGGCGCCAGUGUCCUGGUCAUUUUGGCAACUUGAAAAAAUGAUAUUUGCUGCAAAAUUUGUUAUGAUGUUUCAACAUGUGCCAAGGAUGUUGUCCAGGAUAGGUUACAUCAGCGAUAGAAACUAACAGUUUUUGUCCACUAGUCCUUAUAACGUAUGACAAAUCCCUUAAAAAGGCAAAUUUCUACCUGUCCUUACAAUACCUAAACUAUUGGGCAGUUUGGCAAGGACUAUAGGACUAGUGCCAAUUUCUAUCGCUGUUCAUGUGUAUUUACGUCGUACAUGUAAAUGUAUGUGAUAGUGUAAGAGAAGAUUGAGGACUGAUUUCUAUCUUUAUCAAAUUUGAUUUAAGUUGUUCGUUGAUGUUAUGGUAACCUGUUGUGAUUGCUCGUCACUUAUGUUACGGAAUACUGGAUUAUUUCCUGGAAAGGAACCUGUCUUGAUGUCUAUGUCUUUGAAAGUGUCACUGUCAAUCAUGUGUUUGCAUUAUGUUAUAGCAUGGUUCAAUGAAUCAUGUACAUCAUUAUUGCCUUUUUUAGAAAUUUUACAAGAAACAAUUCAGUGUUGAUGUCUACAUAAAGCCAAUUUAUUCUGAAUAAAUACUGAAACAGCAAA